AUGUCCAACAGCAGCUUUAUCACCCAGUUCCUCCUCCUGGCAUUCGCAGACACACGGGAGCUGCAGCUCGUGCACUUCUGGCUCUUCCUGGGCAUCUACCUGGCUGCCCUCCUGGGCAACGGACUCAUCCUCACUGCCAUCGCCUGUGACCACCGCCUCCACACCCCCAUGUACUUCUUCCUCCUCAACCUCUCUGUUCUUGACAUUGGCUGCACCUCCACCACUCUCCCCAAAUCCAUGGCCAACUCCCUCUGGGACACCAGGGACAUCUCCUACGUGGGAUGUGCUACACAGCUCUUCUUCUUUCUCUUCUUUAUAACAGCAGAGUUUUCUCUUCUCACCAUCAUGGCCUAUGACCGCUACGUUGCCAUCUGCAAACCCCUGCACUACGGGACCCUCCUGGGCAGCAGAGCUUGUGUCCACAUGGCAGCAGCUGCCUGGGGCAGUGUCUUUCUCUACGCUCUCCUGCACACAGUCAGUACAUUUUCAAUUCCACUCUGCCAGGGCAAUGUCCUGGACCAGUUCUUCUGUGAAAUCCCCCAGAUCCUCAAGCUCUCCUGCUCACAUUCCUAUGUAAGGGAAGCUGGGCUUAUUGUGGUCAGUGUCUGUUUAGGACUUGGUUGUUUUCUUUUCAUUGUGGUGUCCUAUGUGGAGAUCUUCAGGGCUGUGCUGAGGAUCCCCUCGGGGCAGGGACAGCACAAAGCCUUUUCCAUGUGCCUCCCUCACCUGGCUGUGGUGUCCCUGUUUCUCAGCACUGGCUUCUUUGCCCACCUGAAACCCCCCUCCAUCUCCUCUCCAUCUCUGGAUCUGGUGGUGUCAGUUCUGUAUUCAGUUCUUCCGCCAGCAGUGAAUCCCUUCCUCUACAGCAUGAGGAACCAGGAGCUCAAGGAGGCCAUUAGGAGGCUGACUGUAUGGACGUUUUUCAAGAGUGACAAAUUUACUACCUUUCCUCACCAAUGA